AUGAAGUUCCUCAAUCUCCUUUCUCUCGCGUCUCUCUGUGUCUCAUCAGCAGUGGCGCAGAUUAUCCCCCCUUCAGUCAACUAUCCAUCGGAUGGGAUAUACUUCAUUCUCAACGUACAGUUUAAGCAGGUGUUCAACAAUAUCCGUUUUAUACCUAAAGAAGGCAAUCCUAUUGCUGGAUACUGUUAUGUAUCUCAGAAGACUAACGAAUGGUGGAGUGUGAAGGCAGUGGGCAGUCCGUUCGACUAUAAGGUGACAUUGCGUGUGAUGUCUACUGCGGAGGGAAAGCCCGAUACGGGUGGCUAUGCUGCUAACUCUAACGGAAAUCUCGUACAUAGCGAGACUGCUCAAGCUUGGACUCUUCAGCCCGUUCCGGGUGUCUCUUCUCAAUUUUUGAUUGUUGAUAACAAUACAGCAAUAACACAGAAUGCGGCCACGCACCAAUUAGCAGUCAAUACUAUCAGCCAGAAUGCUACAAACCAGCACUGGGUUUUCAUCCCUGUCAACCAAAUUACCGACCUUUUUGCAGAGGACCCGGAUGGCGGAUGCGGUGUUAGUAAGCCGGAACCGAUGGUCGGCUUGUCUGCUUCGUCAAUAAAUUACCAUACUCAACACUCUCGCUCCCUUGUCUUCGCACGGUGUUCCACGGACACCCAUAAUCCACUGUUGGAUGAUGUACUGAACAUGGCACAUCGCUAG